CGGUGACUUUUCGCACGUGGGUCGCUGUCGGUCUUCCGCCCGUAACUCGUACGUAUUGGUGUGGACCAGCCACUCUGGAGGAUAGAGUGUCAGCGGAGGCCAAGGAUCGUGAGCUGAUGGAUUUUGCUGCUGAGAAUGAAGCGACGUCGGGAGGCGGUCUCCAUCGUGGAACUGAGGGGGCGCGGCUGAGGCUGCAGUCCGGUGGGGACGGAGUCACGGGCGAAACGGGGACGGAGAAGGCCGGCGGUGGAGAGCCGGGGAAUGGACUGGCAGGAAUGGAGAAAAUAGGGGAUAGAGAAGAAGGAAGUGGACGAAGGGCAGAGGAAAUGCAAGUGGAUCUAACGGUUGUGAAGCAAGAAGUUAUGGACUGGCCGGAAAUGGAAGAAGGUAUGCUGGAUGGCCAGUGGAUAAAGCAGGAGGUGGAGGGUGGGCCUGAAGUGAAGGAGGAGAAACCAGACACACUGGAGGUGAAGCAGGAGGUGGAUAGUAGUUUGGUGGUAAAAGAAGAGGAGGUGGAUGAGCCAGAAGUAAAGGAAGAGAAGGUGAAGGUGAAGGAAGAGGUGGUGGACUGGCUAGAAGUGAAGGAAGAGAGGGAAGAGAAUUUGGAGGUAAAACAGGAGGAGAUGUUCUUUGGUCAGAACAUAAAAGAGGAAAUGAUGGAUGAAGUGUGUGUAAAGGAAGAAAAGUAUUUCCCGAAGAACGAAAUGUUGGAUGAUACAAUGGUGAAAGAAGAGCCUCACAUAAAGUCCCCUGUGGGCUCCAAGCGGAAACUGGCCAUGUCCAGAUGUGAAACUUGUGGUACAGAAGAAGCCAAGUACAGAUGUCCACGAUGUUUGCGGUAUUCCUGCAGUUUGCCCUGUGUAAAGAAACACAAAGCAGAACAGACAUGUAAUGGAGUUCGAGAUAAAACUGCAUAUGUUUCAUUACAACAAUUUACUGAAAUGGAUCUCCUAAGUGAUUAUCGAUUUUUGGAAGAUGUGGCAAGAACAGCGGACCAUAUUUCCAGAGAUACUUUAUUGAAAAGACCAUUAAGCAAUAAACAUAUGUACUUUAUGAAAAAUCGUGCCCGAAGACAAGGUAUUAACUUAAAACUUCUACCCAAUGGGUUCACCAAGAGGAAAGAAAAUUCAACAUUUUUUGAUAAGAAAAAACAACAGUUUUGUUGGCAUGUGAAGCUCCAGUUUCCUCAGAGUCAAGCUGUGUACAUAGAAAAAAGAGUACCAGAUGAUAAAACUAUUAAUGAAAUCUUAAGAACUUACAUUGACCCAGAAAAGUCUGAUCCUGUAAUACGCCAAAGGUUGAAAGCCUACAUUCGUUCUCAGACUGGGGUCCAAAUUUUAAUGAAGGUCGAAAAUAUGCAGCAAAAUUUAGUCAGAUAUUAUGAACUGGAUCCUCACAAAAGUCUUCUUGACAAUUUGAGGAACAAAGUGAUCAUUGAGUACCCAACAUUACAUGUGGUACUAAAAGAAUCCAAUAAAGACAUGAAAGUUCUUCACCAAGUGAAAGGCGAAUCUACCAAGAACAUUGGCAGUGAAAAUUGAGCACUUCUGGAGGAAGGAAAUUCCCAGGUUGCAGAAGACUGUGCAUUGACUAGCUGUUGGGUGAUUGGGGUGUUGUUAGUGGAUGGGUUCAAUUUCUUGUUUUUCUGAAAAGUAAUUAAACAAUCUAAAUUUUUUUAAAGAUGUGCUUUCUAGACUCUUGAAUUGACAUACAAGGCCCUUAUUCCUAUUAACAACGCCUCCUUUGCACCUGAUUGGCAUACUGCUUAUUUUAAUUAGAUGCUGACUUUUAGUGGCUAAAUUGCAUAGGCUGAAAACUUUCCCAUUUUGAUGCAAGACCAAACCCAAAGAUCACCUGAGUCAGCCCCUGCGUUGUCAGAAGGCCCUGCGACACAGCAGCUAGCCAUCCUGAGUAACUUACCCUCUUGAGGUGAGUAAAUGGUUCUUUUAUACUUGGGUAGUGCCAGGAUGAUGUCCUGUGUAAAGGCUGAAUAAAUACAUUUAGCCACUGUUUCUUAUAUUCGGUUCAGAAAAUCAGCGGCUCCGCAUUUUGUUGU